AUGCGGCCUACGUUAACAUCAGAAGGCGCGGAAUGGAUGUUGCGAUGGAGUGCGCAAGAGUUCGAGGUCCCAAAAGCUAGAAUAUGCGUAAGUUUUUUGAUGUUGCUUGGUUUUAGGUACAAUUUUAAUGGGUUUGACAGUAUAGAAAGGUUUUCCGAUAUUAUUCAUGACGAAUGCAGGUGGUAGAAGGUUUUGUAUGAUUUAGAUUUAUUUGAGGGAGGUAUGCCUAGUUUUUUGGUUGAUACAUGUUGGCUAAAGAUUUGUAAACGUUUGGCUUUGCUUUUUGAGCUUUGAAAUAUAUAUAAAAUAGACAUUUAGAGAUUUUCUUGGACCACUCACCUGGUGUUCAUGGAUAACAUCGAAAAUUGUUUGCAAAUUUUCGAACUUCGCUUUGAUCACUGAAGUUUUCAUAAAAUAAUGUUUUAGCUAGUCUCUACAAAGUUUCUGAAAGAAAUGCCAUUGUCUGGAAAGUUUCAUCUCUUUGUAGCAUCGAUUGCAGUAUCGACCGAGUUUUCCUAUUGUCAUUACGUGCCGGAGACCGCGACGGUUGUGGAACAGUUGCUCCGGGUUUUAAACCCAACCAAGUUGAAUGUCUGGCUAGCUGCUCAAAGCAGUUUAGCAAUUGUCCGACAAGCGGUGGCUUUGGUUCGAAGUAAGUUUUUAAACUUUUUGUAUUUUUUUGGUUUUAGGGCCGAAAAGCUUAUUCUUAUUGCAAAAGCUCUGUUGCAAAGCUGAUUGAUAACAAAUUACGUUUAAUUCCAGAGUUGAGGAAAGUAGAACACAUCAGUUUGGCUUUCUAUUUUCCUGCUGGUUCACGUUUACCAUUUCAAUAUUUUUUGGAGAAUUUGUACCCAUUGGUGCGAUCCGUUAAAACAAGUUGGGCUCUCUACAAGCGAUUUCCUGAUGAAUUGGUGUUGGAUGAGCUUGUUGUACAUAAUUCAGAGUUUUUGCUAAAUGGGUCGAAGGACACACAGAGUAAGUUGUAGGGUUUUAAGAGAUAAAUUUGGUUUUUUCUGAAAAAUAUGAAGGUUAAUAUUGUGGGUAAUAUAAAAUUUGAGUUUUAGGAAAACUUGAAGAAGUUAUGAAAGUUUAUUGACUUUAUUUUGAAAUUAAGGGUUUUUCGAAGAUUUAUUUUGUAUUUUAUAGCUAGAUUUGUACGGUUUCUUACUGUAAAUUUGAUUUUUUCUUAAAGCGUUUUAUAUAGAUCAUGAAUAAUAUAAAACUUCAUUUUUCUGCUAAGCUUUAGGGAUUUCUUUAGAUUACUUGGUAUUAUCUCGUAACAGAGACAUUUUUUCACAAUGUAUAUCAAUCUCAUACCUCAACCUUGCCAAUUUUACCAUAAUUUCAAUAUUUUUCAGAUUACACUGCUCUUUUUGGUGUGAAUACCAAAAGUCUGGCAGUGCAUGGGAAUGUUGACUUUGACCUGGAGCAUUUUAAAAGUUUUGUGCCGAAUGAAAUAGUAGAACGAUUCGAGUAUUAUGCACCGAUGAGUAUUUAUGACGCAGCCCCAUUGAUAAAGAACUGGAGCGAAUUCUUUCCAAAACUGAUGUGGCUGAAGAUCAAUGUGCAAUAUACGUUUCCUUUGUUUAAGGUGGGUAAUAUUUGGGUUGGGUUGGAGCCUGAAGGCGUUUUCAGUGCGAAAAAGGGUGGUUUUAACUGACGUUUUUUGAAUUAAAAUUUUAGGUAACAAUUAUCGGAUUUUUAGGCUAAAAACAUGACUUUAGGUAACAUUUUUUGUUUUUUAGUCACAAAAGCUGAUUUUAGGUAACAUUUUUGCUUGUUUUAUCUAAAAAUGUUACUUUAACUAACAUUUUUCUCUUUGUUUGGUCAAAAAGGAGGAUUUUAGGUAACAUUUUUUGAGUUUUUUGAUCAAUAAAGCUCACUUUAGGUAACAUUUGUGCUUGUUUUAUCUAAAAAUGUUACUUUAACUAACAUUUUUAUCUUUGUUUGGUCAAGACAGAUGAUAUUAGGUAGCGUUUUACUUUAUUUUAGCCAAAACUUUAUAUUUCAUAGCCUGAUUUUUUACUUUUUUUGAUUAAUUUUGACUUUUCCAGAACAAACACGAGCUCUUACGAAACUUAUUUUGCCAUCUUCAAUUUUUCGAGGUCUAUGAAGAAUACCUGGACGACUUUGAAAUUCCAGAAUCCGAAAUUAACGAAACGAUAGUUGCUCAAACAUGCGAUUACGAAGGCGGUAUCGAGCAAAUUGUGAUGGAUCUCAGCUUUCAAUACGGAAAAGAUGUCAUCACCGAAGGCUUCAGCACUAGAGGAAUGACCACGUACGGUGAGGAUGAAACCAGAGCCAGUGGAGAGUACGUGAUUAUCAACUUUGACAACAAUGACAUGCAGAGAAGACGGGUCGCGAGCAUUACGAUUUGGGUCUUGGAUGAUGAGGAAUACAUAUUAUAA